AUGAAUUUGCUUCCCAAGCUUCACUGCGAUUUUUCUAAACAUGAUUACUGGGAAUCUUUUUUUGCUUCAUGUAAAACAACGUUUGAAUGGUAUGGCGACUACAUACAGUUAAGCGAUAUAGUUAGUAAAUAUGUAAAAAAGUCGGACAAAAUAUUGAUGGUUGGAUGUGGCAAUUCAGAUCUGAGUCGCAUGAUAUAUGACAUGAAUGCUUGCCAUGAUAUUCUUAGUAUUGAUGCAAAUGAAACAGUUAUUGCUCAAAUGAUAGACAAACACAAUAGCAAUGGUCAAAGACCAGGGUUGAUAUACAAAUGCUUGGAUGUGCUAAAUCUCCAUGGCUAUAUUGAUGCAAGCAUUAGCUUGUCUAAAGAGGGCAGAUCACAUUUUUCUUGUGUUAUUGAUAAAGGGACUCUUGAUGCCUUGCAUACACAUGAGGGUAGCGAAGAAACUGUUGAAAUGAUGUUUCAACAAAUAGAUUAUGCUCUACAAUUGUCUGGACGUUAUAUAGUUAUAACGCUAGCACAAGCUCAUAUUUUGCAGAGCAUUUGUGCUUAUUUCAUUGAAAGGAAACCGGAAUGGGUUGUACAAAUUCAUCAAAUAACUUCCAAUUCUGACCAGGAAUCUCCCCGUGCUUCAUUUCCUCUACCGGUGUUUGCUUUUGUCUUUGUAAAACUUCGGCGUUCACCAGAUCAUCUCCCUCGUUUAUCCAUUAUGCCUCUUGCUCAAAAGCAGCAAAUUAAUAUGUCUUGGGUAGUCAAUCCUACCGAAUUGAGCGCGCAAAUUAAAGAAUGGAUAAAAAUGGAACAAGAACUUUGUCUUCUUAGACACGAACUCGUCUUUCAUUUUUUGGGUCAUUAUAGAUCUGGUAAACAGAACGAGUUUCACUUCCUAUGUCCAGACAAUGAUUUCGUUGUCUUUCAAUGCCGUUAUGUAGCAAUUAACACUUCAAUCCGCUCGAAGGUCGUAGCCCCUUCUGCCGUUUAUCUUGUACCAUUUGGAGAUCACAAGUAA